AUGGUGCAGUUGCUUCUCUCGAAUCCGAAUUCAAAUGGGGAUUUUGAUGGAGAUAGUGAAUUGGGGGAGAGGUGGGUUUCACUCUGGAAUCAGUUAGAUUCUGUUCUUUGGUCAUCGAUGAUAGCUUCAGGUCGAUCAGAAGCUCGUUUAUGGCUGUGCAACACGAUUGGAGGCAUUGAAUCGAUAACUCCCAGCCAGCAACGAGACAUCUUCGUGAAGCUACUGAGAACGAAGCCUACACAGCUAGGGAUAGCUACUCAGCUAUUGGAGAUGAUAUUCACAAAGAGGGCUCGCAGAGCAGGCGGUAUUAUAUCGAAAAGGAGUCAUGUGCUCGAGAGAUUCUUCGAAGGAAACCCUAUGCAAAUAUCUGACUGGUUUUCUGACUUUGCUAAUGGAGCUGGAUUAGAGCACAAAAAGGGCGCCAAGGCAUUGUUUCGGUUUGCAUUUGUGAACUGCGACAACUGUUGGGAGGAGCUUGAGUGGAGAGGGAAGCAUGGACAAUCGCCUGAUGUAGUAGCAAGGAAGCCGCAUUACCUUCUCGAUCUAGAUGUAAGUCAAACAGUAGAGAAUUUCAUCAAACACGUCCCUGAAUUCUGGUCAUCCACUGAAUUCCAAGAGUCACUCAAAGAUGGUGAGAUUCUAGAAAUCGAUCAAAAGUUCUUUCUUGACUUCUUUGUCAGAUUGAUGUUCAAGGAUGAUUCAAAAGAUGUGUGGGAUCUUGUCAAUGAGUUUCUCAUGGAGGAGCCUUUCUCUUCUCUAUGUCACCAUCUCCUCAUAGUUCUAGAAGAGAAGGAAUUCUCUUAUUUCCUUGAGUUGCUUCGUAGGAAUCUAAAACCCUGGUCAGAAGAAGGUGGUGUUGCUUCUUGGCUCGAGAUACUGCUUUCUGAAAAUGGUGGGUCUAUUGAUCAGGUGCUUUUGGUCAACGGGGUCAUAAAUCAUGGACGCCAUCUCUUGAGGCUAGUUAACGACGAGGAUUUUGAGGAGCAGAGAUUGGAGAUUGAUGAUAUUAUUACAAAGAUGGGCAGAAUACUGAGCGAUGCUAACACCUUGACCCUCUAUAAUGGAAUCUGUUUUAGGAGGACAAACAAAUAUGUUCUGAUAAAUGAAGACAGUGAAUCAGAUUUGGGGAGUGGAGAAUCGACUAAGAGGAAGAAGCACAAGAAGAAGAAGGAAAGGAGAAAGAAGAGGAGAAGAAACUUCGAUGAUGACAAUGAUGAGUUGUUGGAGCACAAUAGUUUUAAUGAUUUAGGAGUUGGUUUGGAAGCUGCGGAUGUGAGUAGUUGGUUGCUAUCUACGGAAAAAUAUUCAGCAUCAUGGACAAAUGUGGAUUUGCCAGAAAAUAUUUCGAACUUGUGUUUUUCCGCGUGGAUGAAGAUUGCAUCUUCUUAUCUAACAUGA